GGUUAUAUGGGUUUCGGUUUGACUCCUGCGUGUCUGGUCGUUCACAUUUCCCGUGUGCGUGCUUCUGUCCAGCUACAUACAGACAGUAACAUGGAAAUCGCUAGAACUCUCUAGUAAGUUCAUCAGCCUGUACCCGCUCUCAUCUGCGGCUUGAUUGCCUGGCCCUCCUUCCGCCUCUCACUCGGACCCCGUCGCCAUUGCCCAUUCUAGUGUUCUGAACGUGCCAAUAAGACACGAAUCUUUGCCAUCGUCGAGAAGCAGCAAUUGGGAUAGUCCUUGACGAUCUCGCCCAGGAUGGCCAAGUGGGGCGAAGGUGAUCCUAGAUGGAUUGUCGAGGAACGGCCUGAUGCCACGAAUGUGAACAAUUGGCAUUGGACCGAAAAGAAUGCGGACCAGUGGUCCAAGCGACGGAUUAACGAGCUCUUUACCGGCCUCCAGAUCCCCUUCCCGGAGCUCAAGGCCCACGUGGUCAUUGACGAGAUCGAGAAGUGCGAAGGCGAGGCCAGGGCCAACAAUCGCAAGGCUAAGUUGAUCUUUUUCUAUGAAUGGGAGAUCAUCCUGGUCUGGAAAGUCACUUGGGACGAGUCCAAGGACACCCAAGACGGGCCCGAGAUCAAGGGCAAGAUCACCAUUCCCAAUCUCAGUGAGGAGCACACCGACUUGAAGGAUGUAGACAUCGAGGUUAGUGUGACUUCCAGCGGAGCGGCGGACAAGAGUCGGAAAGUCAAGGACUUUUUGCGCAAAGACGGGGGGGCCCGAAUCAUCCGGGAAGCCCUCCAAAAAUAUGUGGACUCGCUCAAGUCCGAAUAUAGUCAGGGACUCAUCUUACCCAAGGCCGCCGACGAAGGGGCGGCCACCACCAAGCCCAAGACCGCUCCGCCCACCACCACAUCACCUUCUGUCAAACCUGGCGUGCCCAAUGGCCAGAAAAUGGCCGAAAACGCACAAGCCCUCAAGAACAUGGGUCUGUCCUGCCCCGUGACGGUGGACACGAUUCAAAUGGAGCAACGCUUUAAGUGCACAGGUCAAGAAAUCUACAAUACCCUCACCCAAAAAGAAAUGCUCCAGAUAUUCACCGGCUCUCAAGUCAAGCUCGGUGAAGCCAAAAAGGGCGAGGCCUUCGAGCUCUUGGACGGCAAUAUUCAAGGCCAGUUCCUCGAGUUGCAGCCUUUUUCCAAGAUCGUCCAAAAGUGGCGGCUCAAGAGCUGGCCCCAGGCUCAUUACUCCCUAGUGACCAUCGAAAUCGAACAGGGUACGGAAGAGACCACGCUGACCUUGACGCAAAAGAAUGUCCCCAGCAAGGAGGUAGAGGUCACCCGACAAGGGUGGGAGCGUUAUUAUUGGGACGCGAUAAAGCGCUCUUUUGGCUUCGGAGCUAUGCUUUUGUAAGACUUCACGUGCGUGAUGAGCAGACUCCAUGAAAAAGAGAAAUGACAAACACUGAAACUGGUACUGCAGAAGCAGAGAGGACGGAGCAAGAAAAUUUUCCACAACUUUUUUCCACAUUGAUGGUAAUUGAGCGUCCCUGCCAUUCAUCUCUUGAGAGGGGUUGGGAAAAGCCGGAGCCGAGUAAGAAAUGAUUGGCUGGCACAUUGUUUGGGGCGCGUGUUUAUUAAAUAAAUGAGUAAAUCACAUCA